AUGGAUCGUAAGAGCUGGCCAUGGAAGAAGAAGUCCUCAGAGAAAGCAGCUUCUGUGACAGAAGUUGUCGAGGGAAACGAGAAGAAGCCAAGCUACAUCCAGAUCUCCAUUGAUCAAUACUCGCAGCUAAAUAGUUUGAAAGACGAAGUGAAAAAGUAUGAGGAGCAAGUUGAAAAAAUGGAAGAUCAGAUCAAGGAUUUGGGUUCGAAGCUAUCCACAGCAAAUGCAGAGAUCACAGCCAAGGAGGUUCUAGUGAAACAACACUCCAAAGUCGCUGAAGAAGCUGUCACAGGCUGGGAAAAAGCUGAAGCAGAAGCAUCAGCUUUGAAAACUCAUCUCGAAACCGUUACGCUCGCUAAGCUCACUGUUGAAGACCGAGCCGCGCAUUUAGACGGAGCUUUGAAAGAGUGUAUGAGGCAGAUAAGGAGUCUCAAGGAAGAGAAUGAGCAGAAGAUGCGUGACAUUGUUGUAAGCAAAACCAACCAAAUGGAGAAGCUCAAGGACGAUUUCGAGUCCAAGAUUGGGGAAUUCGAGCAUGAGCUUCUCCGUUCUGCAGCUGAGAACGACGCGCUCUCGAGGUCGUUGCAAGAGCGGUCCAACAUGCUUAUGAGGAUAAGCGAAGAGAAAUCUCAAGCAGAGUCUGAGAUUGAGCAUCUCAAGAACAAUAUAGAGUCUUGCGAGAGAGAGAUCAACACGUUAAAGUACGAAACUCAUGUGAUUACCAAAGAGUUGGAGAUCCGUAACGAGGAGAAGAAUAUGAGCAUGAGAUCUGCAGAAGCAGCUAACAAGCAGCAUUUGGAAGGUGUCAAGAAGAUUGCGAAAUUGGAAGCUGAGUGUCAAAGAUUACGGACUCUGGUGAGAAAGAAACUCCCUGGUCCUGCGGCUCUUGCGCAGAUGAAAAUGGAGGUUGAGAGUUUAGGCAGAGACUAUGGAGAUCAUCGACAGAGGAGGUCACCGGCUAGGCCGUCUAGUCCUCUCAUGUCUCCGAUGUCACACUCGUCUCAUAUGUCAGAGUUCUCGCUUGACAACACGCACAAGUUCCAUAAAGAGAACGAUUUGCUGACAGAGAGGUUACUGGCGAUGGAAGAAGAGACGAAGAUGCUGAAAGAAGCUUUGGCUAAGCGUAACAGCGAGCUUCAAGUGUCGAGGAACAUCUGUGCUAAGACGGCAAACAGGCUUCAAACAAUGGAAGCUCAAAUGAUGAGCAAAAGUCCGACUAAGCGCGGCUUUGAAAUGCCUGCUGAGAUCUUCUCUCGUCAAAACGCUAGUAAUCCUCCAAGUAUGGCUUCAAUGUCUGAGGACGGAAACGAAGAUGCGAGAAGCAUCGCUGGGUCUUUGAUGUCUGAGUUCUCUCAGUCCAACAAGGAUAGAAACAGUGCGAAGAUGAAGAAGACAGAGAGUGCUAACCAGCUGGAGCUUAUGGACGACUUUCUUGAGAUGGAAAAGCUAGCUUGUAUACCAAACGUCUCAAACGCAAAUGGUUCGACGGAUCAUCAGUCAAGUGCUGGUUCUGAGGCUGAGAUUGUACCAGCGACGCAGCUGAAGAAGAGAAUCUCCAAUGUGCUUCAGUCUCUUCCUAAAGAUGCUGCCUUUGAGAAGAUUUUGGGAGAGAUACAAUCUGCCAUUGAAGAAGCAGGUGGUGUUAAGCAUGUAAACGGUGUUACAGAAGAAAAAGAGAUAGCCAUGUCAAAUGAGACCACAGAGGAAAAAGUUACCAUCGUUGAGGUAACAAUAACACAAGAACUGGCUCAUGCUCUUUCUCAGAUUUACCACUUUGUUUCAUACCUUUCGAAAGAAGCAACGCCGUGUCAAGACUCUCUCUCCCAAAAAGUUCAAGAGUUCUCUCUCACAUUCGACAGAGUUUUGAGCAAGGAGAAAACUCUGGUGGACUUUCUGUUUGAUCUUUCGCGAGUUUUAGUCGAAGCUAGUGAGCUAAAGAUCGAUGUGGUUGGUUUCAACGCGUCCGAGGUGGAGAUUCACAGCCCGGACUGCAUCGAUAAAGUCGCUCUACCGGAAAACAAAGCACUUCUGCGGAAAGAUUCAUCAGGUGAACAUUACCAGAACGGUUGCUCUCAGAGCUCUGACUCCGAGAUUCCAGAUGAUUGUAUCGGAGCAUCUGGCUAUGAACCUAAUAAGCUCGCAGCAGCAGCUUGUAAAUUUACGGCAGAAGAGUUUGAAGGACUGAGACUCGAGAAAGAAAAAGCAGAGACGAGCCUUGCAAGCUGUGAAGCAGAUCUUGAAGCAACUAAGUCUAAACUACAAGAAACAGAGCAGCUUCUCGUUGAAGUCAAGUCAGAUUUGGAAUCUGCUCAGAGGUCUAAUGGCAUGGCGGAGACUCAGCUCAAAUGCAUGGUGGAAUCAUAUAGAUCUCUUGAAACUAGAUCAUCGGAGCUGGAAAUCGAGUUGAGUUCUCUUAAAGCCAAAAUCGAAAACUUAGAAGUUGAGCUUCAUGAAGAAAAGGAAAAUCACCAAGGGGCUUUAACCAAAUGCCAAGAACUCGAGGAGCAAUUACAAAGGAGCAACCAAAAUUGCCCUACCUGCUCAGUAACUGAAGCUGAUGAUCCUAAAACCAAACAGGACAAUGAGCUAGCGGCUGCUGCAGAGAAGCUAGCAGAAUGUCAAGAGACUAUACUGCUUCUCGGGAAGCAACUCAAAUCAAUGUGUCCUCAAACAGAACAGGUUGCUUCUUCUCCAAGCCAAGAACAAACCCUAACCCCUGAAGAAGAAGAAGACGAUUGCGUAACUCCCACAAAAUCUCAAGACAACAAAUCGACUUCGCCUUCAGAGAAAGAAACACCAUCGCGGACUACAAUGAGAUCUCCGGUAGGGUCAAAACAUAGACACACCAAGUCAAACUCAUCAUCAUCCUCGUCUGGACUUACUCCUGAGAAACACUCUAAAGGAUUCAGCAGGUUCUUCUCCUCUAAAGCAAAGUAA